AUGCCGGCCUACAAACAGCGGGCGAUGAGCUCCAAACUCGACUUAAUACCAAAGCAGAUGCGGAAGACGGUGAACAGCAGCUUCGGCUACAAGUUACUAUCGGUUCUGAUGGUGUUUUGCGGGCAGCAUUUGAGCAUCCCCCCAAUGGACCGCAAGUUCAGCUUGUGCUCCAGGGUGCUGUUCAGCCUGCACGCCCUGAUUAUCGGUCUGGUGACCGUGUACUGCGUCGUCUCCUCGUAUUUAGGCUUCUCCGCCUACCUGCACAAGAAUUUCGGGUUCGCCGUUUAUAUCGCGGCCGGUUUCCUCGGAUGCCUCGAGUGUCUCUUUAGAAUCGUCUACACGUCCAUCAGGAAGAAGAAAAUCGAGUUUGUCGCCGCCAGGGUGCACAUUGCCCUCUACCACCACAACUUGGGCACUGAUCCGCAGCCUUUCGUCACCAAAAUGUCCAGAAUAAUCAGCGGCUUGAUUUUCUUCUUUUUCGGCUCAUUUUUCUGCACCACGGUUUACAUGUACUUUGAAAACUACUGGCGGCUGGCGGUUCUAAUGGAGCACGCAGCCACCAACAAGACGCAAAUCGAGCUGCUGGUCCACGGCCGCGGCGAAUUUACCAUCGAGCUGUUGGAGGCGUGGAUGUUCGCAGUGCAGACAAUGCCGUUCGUGCCGUCGCCGAUGCAGAUAAAGAUUGUGUCCGCGCUCAUCUUCUUCUUCUGUUACUUCGCUAUCGGCCGCGUCAUGCUCUCCGACAUGCUUUUCUACUCUUGGUACAGUAUUAUCGUGCACCAGUAUCGACAGCUGCGCGACACUCUUGGCAAAGUGUUGCACGAGGACGCGGAGAAGGAGAAAUUAGAGGAUUGGGUCAAGUACCACCAUACUCUCAAUGAGUUGCUGAAGGAGGUUAACUCGCUUACAUCCCCGGUAAUCAUCGCAGCUGUGGUUUUUACUGGUCUUCAAGUCAGCAUAUUUUCAUUCUCCAUUAUAAAGCUUUCUGAUCAGAUGAACGGGAUUUCCUUCGCAAUUUUCGGCAUCAUGUCGAUGAAACAACUGGUCAUCUACUGCGUUCUUGGCCAGAAAAUCAAGGAUGUCGUGAGUGACGUGAAGGCCGAGGCGUACAAGUGUCCGUGGGUGGACAAUGUGGAAAUGAAAAAACACGCGGCCUUGAUGGUGACCGCCGCAAGCAACAAGGACGAGUGCAACCUUCCAGGAGCCCCCUUCUUCUCGUUAUCGCUUGAGUUCUUAGCCUCUAUGACCAGUGGCGUCUUCACCUACUUCAUGGUCCUCAUUCAGCUGAACAAAAAUUAAUAUUUCAAGAGAUCACUGAAAGUAAAUUU